AGCACUUCCGCGUUGUCACAGUUUCCCUCAACUAGCUCAGCAGCGCGGGGUCCUGACACAAAAUGUCUAAACUUAAAGAUAAAAGACGAGAGAAAACCAGCGUCGCCACUGAGAUUGAUCGAUUGGAGGAGAGGCGAACGCGUUGCCACGACAACCUGGAGAGGGCGGAGUUCAAGAGCAGGAAGGAGCAGCUCUCUGAGAGGGAGAGGCAGGAGCUGGAAGAUGAAAUGGGGAUCAUGAAUGAAAGGGUUCUGAAACUAGACAAGGAGCUGAAGACAUUACGAGGAGAGAAUCGGAGGAACAUGGUGCUGUCGGUCGCUCUGCUGGCUAUCAGUGCUCUGUUCUACUACAUGUUAGUCUACAUCGAAGAGGACUCGUGAUAUCGAACAGCUUCUCCAAGGAACCCACUGCUCUUUCUAGAGCGAUGAUGUGAAAAAGAGGGGAAAAGUGCAUGGAUGCAUUACCUCAGUUCUGUCUGCAGGUGGCAUUAUUUAAUUGUGUCUUUUUUCAUCCGGACAUCAAACUGGUUUCAUCGUCAGGCCACAGCUUUCUGUGCAGGGACGCUGGGGAUGUUGAAACAUUGAAUACUCAUCUGUAUGGAUUUCUCCCGAUGAUAUUUAGGUGAACUGAAUUAGCAUUUUGGUCCUUUCCGCAGCUAAACUGAUAUAUUAAUACUGUAUUUUAUAAAAUGUGUUUAUGACACUUGGUGCCAAUCAAGACUGCCUUUUAAUGACAUAAAUAGAUGAUAGUGCAUGAGCUACAUAAUCAGCUUAUAUCGUAUGUCAGACAGUUUGAUGGAUGGAGAAGCUGUAAUUGUUUUUCUUUGUAAAUGUGAUCAGGAUGUUGAGGGAUUCACACAGGACCUGAAGAAUGUAUUGUUUUCACGACACCCCAAUGCAAACCAUUCACAGAUAAGAAGAACUCAAAGAUGCCAAAGAUGUUUUUGAAUGUUGUUUCACCAGUUACUUGAUCAUGAAUUCAUAUUAAACGCUUUACAUUCA